GCAACUAUGGAAAACAUACCUAGCUUAUCUCAAAAUCCCCCCGCUCUCUCUAUCUCUCUCAAUGGAGUUAGUGGCAAGAGGAAUAACCUUCCCUGCUGGACUGAUGGUCAUCUUGAUUGCUGCUCUACUCCUACUCCCUCAAACUUUCAGCUUCAGGAUGCUUGGUCAUGACCACUGUGCUCCUAUAACCUGCGCCAAUCACAGCAUAAGAUUUCCAUUUCGACUAAAAGGCGAACCCACAAAUUGCAGUCGCAAACAUUAUGAGGUCUCAUGUGAGAACAACCAUACAUUGCUGUUCUACUCUGAUCUUGGUGGAAAAUACUACGUGCAGCAAAUCAAUUACCAUAAGAAAACGAUCCGACUGGUAGACUCUGGCAUUCAGGAGGCCAAUUAUUCCUUCAUCCCUCGUUUUAUUAUAAACUAUAGCAAUUUGAGUUGGCUGCAGGGCCAUAUGUACGAUGCAUUGCAUGGUACUACUACAAAUGGCGUGGCUAUUGUGAACUGUGAAAAGCCAGUCAUGAGUUCUUCUACUUCCUAUUUGUAUUUGGAAACGUCUUCUUCAACAUGCUCUAAUAAUAACAAUAACAAUGGAUCUGCGUCUUUUUCUGACUCCUCUUUAUCAAUAUCCCAAUAUUCCAAAAGCUAUAGAUAUGUCAAAGUUGGCACAACGGAAGCGGGGGAUGUGGAGGAUUCCUGCAAAAUAGAGCGAAUGUUUCUGACAUCAUGGCCAGGGCCAAAUGCUCAUGACACCAUUAAUAUUUCCUGUGCAGACCUCCGCAAUGUAUUCUUAUCUGGUUUUGAGCUUGGAUGGUACUCCAAUAUUUACGAAGAAGAUAUUGAUCCAUUUUAUUUUCUAUAUUCUGUAACGGGUCUUCUCUUCGCAGAGAUCUUCGGUCUUUGGCAUGUAGCCCUAACUGUAUUAGGCACUCCAUUUGUUGUUGUGUUUUUGAUAUAUAAAUGGCGAAGGAGGCAUUUGUCAAUGUAUGAUGCCAUUGAAGAAUUUCUUCAAAACCACAAUAACUUUAUGACAAUAAAGUACUCUUUCUCGGAAAUUAAGAAGAUGACAAAAAACUUCAAGGAAAAAUUGGGUGAAGGAGGCUAUGGCACAGUAUUCAAAGGAACUCUUCGAAGCGGACAUCAUGUAGCUGUAAAAAUGCUAGGCAAGUCCAAAGCAAACGGACAAGAAUUUACCAAUGAAGUAGCAACCAUUGGAAGGAUUUAUCAUGUUAAUGUAGUUCAACUAAUUGGCUUUUGCAUUCAUGGAUCAAAGCGUGCUCUUGUAUAUGAGUUCAUGCCACAUGGGUCUCUAAACAAACACAUUUUUUCCUUAAAAGGAAGUAUCCUCCUAAGCUGUGAGAAAACAUAUAAUAUUGCUAUAGGGGUGGCUCGUGGAAUUGAAUAUUUACAUCGAGGAUGUGACAUGCAAAUUCUGCAUUUCGACAUCAAACCUCACAACAUCCUUCUUGAUGAGAAUUUUAUCCCUAAGGUUUCUGACUUUGGCUUAGCAAAAUUGUCCCCGAUAGAAAACAAUACUAUUUCUUUGACUGCUGCAAGAGGGACAUUGGGAUACAUGGCUCCUGAGUUGUUCUACAAAAACAUUGGAGGUAUUUCAUACAAGGCAGAUGUCUAUAGUUUUGGAAUGCUUCUGAUGGAAAUGGUGGGCAAAAGAAAGAACUUGAAUACUUUUGCAGAACAUUCAAGCCAGAUUUACUUUCCAUCCUGGGUGUAUGAUCAAUUCAACAAUGAAAAAGACAUUGAAAUGGGAUAUGCCACAGAAGAAGAAAAGGAAAUGACCAUGAAGAUGAUGAUUGUUGCUUUAUGGUGUAUACAGACAAACCCUAGUAACCGUCCUUCAAUGAACAAAGUUGUAGAAAUGCUCGAAGGAAAAGUUGAACACUUACAAAUUCCUCCCAAGCCUCCCCUCUCAUCACCAGAGAGAGUGACAAAAGAUUGUGAAGAUAAUUCAAGCCAAACUUGGACAUCAACGCAAUAAGGUGAAAGAACUUAGUAAGGGAAAAGCUAGCACCCGGGUUUGAUAGGGAAAACAAUCUUCUCACGUUUGGUUGUGUAAAAGAUAUUUCAUAUUUAUAUAGAACGUUUACUGUUAUGAUUUUUCUCACCCUUAACGGUCAGUAAAUUAACUUUCAAUUUGUGAA